CGGCCUGCACCGCCGAGCGCGCGGCCCCCGCCCGCGUCCCGAGCAUGCCGGGCCCCCGCCUGCUGGCCGCGCUGUGCGGCGCGCUGCUCUGGGCCUCCGGCCUGCUGGCCGCCUCCGGUGACUUCUGCGACUCCAGCCAGUGCCUGAACGGUGGAACCUGCCUGGUGGGCCAUGACAAUGCUUCCUUCCACUGCCUCUGCCUCGAAGGCUUCACGGGCCUCAUUUGCAACGAGACUGAGAAGAAACCCACUCCGAGUGCUGCCUACCCUGCCUACCUCUCCACACCCCACGCUUCCAGCCCGUCCCAAAAUCCCUGUUCCCCAAACCCGUGCCACAACAAUGGCGAAUGCCAGGCGAGUCCCACGGAACAGCGAGGGGACGUCUUCACCCCCUACACCUGCAUAUGUGCUCUGGGCUACGUGGGCACCCACUGUGACACCAAAUGCUCCGUUCCCCUGGGCAUGGAGUCGGGGGGCAUCGGCAACUGGCAGGUGUCCGCCUCGUCCGUGUACGUGGGCUUCAUGGGGCUGCAGCGCUGGGGCCCGGAGCUCGCCCGCCUGCACCGCACGGGCAUCGUCAACGCCUGGACAGCCAGCAACUACGACAGGCACCCCUGGAUCCAGGUGAACCUGCUGCGGAAGACCUGGGUGUCGGGCGUGGUGACGCAGGGCGCCAGCCGCGUGGGUGCUCAUGAGUACCUGAAGGCCUUCAAGGUGGCCCACAGCCUCGACGGACACACGUUCACGUUCAUCCAGGACACCGAGAAGUUAGGAGACAAGGUGUUUGAGGGCAACGUGGACAGCCACAGCCUGAAACUGAACCUGUUUGAGGCCCCGGUGGAGGCGCAGUACGUGCGGCUGUUCCCCGUGCUCUGCCAGCGGGCCUGCACCCUGCGCUUCGAGCUCCUCGGCUGCGAGUCGAAUGGAUGCUCGGAGCCCCUGGGCCUGAAGGACCACACCAUCUCUGACGCGCAAGUCACGGCCUCCAGCACCUACAAGACCUGGGGCCUGCGGGCCUUCGGCUGGUACCCCUUCUACGCACGGCUGGACAAUCAGGGCAGGUUCAACGCCUGGACCGCCUCGACCAACAACGCCUCUGAGUGGCUGCAGGUCGACCUGGGCUCCCAGAAGGAGGUGACGGGUGUCAUCACCCAGGGGGCCCGUGACUUUGGCAGCAUCCAGUAUGUGGCAUCCUACAAGGUGGCCUACAGUAAUGACGGCAGGACGUGGACUGAGGUUGAGGACUCCAGGACGGGCAAGAGCAAGAUCUUCCCCGGCAACUCGGACAACAACUCCCACAAGAAGAACGUGUUCGACACGCCCAUCCUGGCCCGCUCGGUGCGCAUCCUGCCCGUAGCCUGGCACAACCGCAUCACCCUGCGCCUGGAGCUGCUGGGCUGUUAGUGGCAGGCCUGGCCCAAGUGGCCAGAAGAGCCACCGAGGCCACCUGCCCCUCCCUGGUCCUCCUGCCUUCUGUGAGCCUGCUGCCCCUGUGGCCCUGCCUGAUUGUAACCGGGGCUGGGGGCAGGGAGGAGAGGCUUUCAGCUCCACUAGGCUGUCACCCCUCCCCCUCCCUCCCCCGUCCUCCCCUCCCCCUGCCCCUGCCACCAGCCCUCACAUGUCCCUUUCUCUUCUGCACUGCAGGAGUGAGUAGGUCUGGGGUGGACGGGAAAGGGGGAAGUAGGGCACGUGGGGUCCCUGCACCCUGCAGACCCCCGAGUCCAGGCCCUGGGUUGAGUCUAGAAGUGCCUCUGUGUCCUGCCCAGCCCCCUCUCCCAUGCACGCUCCCACCCCCAGGAGGAAGGCCCAAGGCGCCAGGCUGGAGAUGACAGCCAGGAUGCUGCCACUCCGGCCACUGCCACCUGGUCCCCCAGACACUUCCCCUUCUCUCCCUGGAGACCUCUCUUGACCCUCGUCUUGGAGAGGGGCAGGUGGGUCCGUGGAGAGACGCAGGAGCCAGGUCAGGGAGGAGGGGCAGGCGGGGUGGCGCGGGGCUCCGUGCCGGCUCUCACCCCCCAGUGCACAGGCAGCUCCCAAAUAUAUUUAUAUUCACUGGAA